CGCGGCCCAGGCGGCACCGGCGAGGCCGUUCGGGAGUCCGGGCUGCAGCCGCAGCCGCAGCCGCAGCAGGGCCGACAUGACUGCAGCUCCCCAGGAGCCCCCUGCCCAGCCUCCCCAGGCGGGCAGUGGAAUUGGCCGGGCCCCUGGGCGCGCCAUGCGCAGCACCACACUACUGGCACUGCUGGCGCUGGUCCUGCUCUACUUGGUGUCCGGUGCCCUGGUGUUCCAGGCCCUGGAGCAGCCCCAUGAGCAGCAGGCCCAAAGGGAGCUGGGGGAGGUGCGAGAGAAGUUCCUGAGGGCCCAUCCCUGUGUGAGCGACCAGGACCUGGGGCUCUUCAUCAAGGAGGUGGCUGAUGCCCUGGGAGAGGGUGCGAACCCUGACACCAACUCAACUAGUAACAGCAACCACUCGGCCUGGGACCUGGGCAGCGCCUUUUUCUCAGGCACCAUCAUCACCACCAUCGGCUAUGGCAACGCCGCCCUGCGCACUGAUGCCGGGCGCCUCUUCUGCAUCUUUUAUGCCCUGGUGGGGAUCCCGCUGUUCGGGAUUCUGCUGGCAGGGGUCGGGGACCGGCUGGGCUCCUCCCUCCGCCGCGGCAUCGGUCACAUCGAAGCCGUCUUUCUGAAGUGGCACGUGCCACCGGAGCUGGUGCGAAUUCUAUCAGCGGUGCUCUUCCUGUUGAUCGGCUGCCUGCUCUUUGUCCUCACGCCCACGUUCAUCUUCUGCUAUGUGGAGGGCUGGAGCAAGCUGGAAGCCAUCUACUUCGUCGUGGUGACGCUCACCACGGUGGGCUUCGGAGACUACGUGGCCGGCGCCAGUCCCAACCAGAACUCUGCAGCCUACCAGCCUCUGGUGUGGUUCUGGAUCCUACUCGGCCUGGCCUACUUCGCCUCAGUGCUCACCACCAUCGGGAACUGGCUGCGAGUCGUGUCCCGCCGCACCCGGGCAGAGAUGGGCGGCCUCACGGCGCAGGCCGCCAGCUGGACCGGCACGGUGACCGCGCGGGUGACCCAGCGAGUAGGUCCCCCGGCACCACCGCCGCAGGAGAAGGAGCGGCCACCCCUGCCUCCACCGCCGUGCCCAGCGCAGCCCGCCAGCAGGCCACUAUCCCCUGUGGCCCCGGAGAAGACCGAGCCACCCUCGCCGCCCUCGCCGCCCUCGCCGCCCACGCCACCCACGCCGCCCACGGCCUCGGCGCUGGACUACCCCAGCGAGAAUCUUGCCUUCAUCGACGAGUCCUCGGACACGCAGAGCGAGCGCGGCUGCGCACUGCCCCGCGCGCCACGGGGUCGCCGCCGGCCCCUCAACGCCCCCAGGAAGCCCGCGCGGCCCCGGGGCCCCGGGCGCCCCCGGGACAAAGGCGUGUCCUCGUAGGGGCAGGACCCCGGCCCGGGCCUCUCAAAGGGCUUCGUUCUUGCCCUCUCCCCGGCAUGCUCUGCUUGUUUGACCAAAGAGCCCUCUCUCGACCGGACUGAAACCUGGGGAGGAGGCUACGGGGUUGCUUGACUGCCGCCCCUUGCUCCUGGCCCUCUCCUCACUUCAUCCAUUUCCAGACCCCCCAAGGCUUUCUGUCUCGCUGUACCGGCUGGGCCUGUCCCUCACAACACCUCACAACUGUGCCUCAAAGCCUGCAUCAAUAAACGAAAACAGUCUG